GUUAUGUGAUCUCUUUGGCUUUAGGGAAUUACUCCAUACCAGCUCUGAGAUUUCCAGCUCAGCAAUGCCCCCAGGUCCCUGGAAAAGCCGCUUCUGGGUGGGGGGCCUACUUUUGUGGCUCAGCGUUGGAAGUUCAGGGGAUGCACCUCCUACCCCACAGCCAAAGUGCGCUGACUUCCAGAGCGCCAACCUUUUUGAAGGCUCCGAUCUCAAAGUCCAGUUUCUCCUCUUUGUCCCUUCGAAUCCUAACUGUGGGAAGCUAGUAGAAGGAAGCAGUGACCUCCAAAACUCUGGGUUCAAUGCCACUCUGGGAACCAAACUAAUUAUCCAUGGAUUCAGGGUUUUAGGAACAAAGCCUUCCUGGAUUGAUAAAUUCAUUAGAACUCUUCUGCGUGCAACGAAUGCUAAUGUGAUUGUCGUGGACUGGAUUUAUGGGUCUACAGGGGUCUACUUCUUAGCUGUGAAAAAUGUGAUUAAGUUGAGCCUCAAGAUCUGCCUUUUCCUCAAUAAACUCCUGGUAGGUGCAGAAGAGCUUCAGGUGCUGGGUGUGUCGGAAUCCUCAAUCCACAUCAUUGGUGUUAGCCUGGGGGCCCACGUUGGGGGCAUGGUGGGACAGCUCUUCGGAGGCCAGCUGGGACAGAUCACAGGCCUGGACCCCGCUGGACCUGAGUACACCAGCGCCAGUGUGGAGGAGCGCUUGGAUGCCGGAGAUGCCCUCUUCGUGGAAGCCAUCCACACAGACACUGACAAUUUCGGUAUUCGGAUUCCCGUUGGACACGUGGACUACUUUGUCAAUGGAGGCCAAGACCAACCCGGCUGCCCCACCUACUUUUAUGCAGGUUAUAGUUAUCUGAUCUGUGAUCACAUGAGAGCCGUGCACCUCUACAUCAGCGCCCUGGAGAACUCCUGUCCACUGAUGGCCUUUCCCUGUGACAGCUACACGGCCUUCCUUGCCGGACACUGUCUGGAUUGUUUUAACCCUUUUCUGCUUUCCUGCCCAAGGAUAGGCCUGGUGGAACACGGCGGUGUCAAGAUAGAGCCACUUCCCAAGGAAGUGAAAGUCUACCUCCUGACUACUUCCAAUGCUCCGUACUGCAUGCAUCACAGCCUCGUUGAGUUUCACUUGAAGCAACUGAGAAGAAAGGACACCAACAUCGAGGUUACUUUCCUUAGCAGUAAUGUCACCUUCUCAUCUAAGAUCACCAUACCUAAGCGGCAACUUCACGGGAAAGGAAUCAUAGCUCAUGCCACCCCACAGUGCCAGAUAAAGCAAGUGAAAUUCAAGUUUCAGUCUUCCAACCGAGUUUGGAAAAAAGACCGGACUACUAUUAUUGGGAAGUUCUGCACUGCCCUUUUGCCUGUCAAUCACAGAGAAAAGGUGAUCUGCUUACCCGAACCGGUGAACUUACAAGCAAGUGUGACUGCUUCUCAUGACCUGAAGAUAGCCUGCGUAUAGUUUAACCUGGGCAGGACACAUCUCCCUGCAUUUUUUUUUUUUUUUGGAGGGAGGUGUGAUGAGGGAUGUGUGUGUGCAGCUUAUUGUAGACCAUUACUGCUACGGAGAAAGGCAAAGCUCUUAUUUUCUCCAUAAUGAGCCACCCUGGAGGGGAGGGAGAACUCAUUUUACAGAGCUUGGUUUCUGCUGCUGAUCUUAUGUACAUACCCAUUUUAGCUCUCCCAUGCAUACUUAACUGCACUUGCUUUAGCUCCUUGUAUAUCUGUACUUAGAAUUCAAUAGAAAUAUGUACAGAGUAAACAAUUUUUAAAAAAUAAAACUUCAUGGAGUACCUGAAUCAUUGAA